UGUUGGUCCUAGUCUUUACCCAAGAAUACCAAGCUUAUGCGGACUUUCUUUUUUAUAUGUCCCUGCCAACGUGGCCCCUGGCGCACAUACAACCAGCACCCUUCUUCAUCAUUUCGCAAAACAAAUCACUCACACUUUAGGACAGGGCGAGGCGUGUCGAAAUAGAGAUGAGAUGUUGCAGCGUGUAGUCAGAACACUUCAGUAUAGGUCAAUCAUUGAGACCUAAUUCGAUGAAAGAUGCGACACCGGUUUGGCAUACUCUCUCUCCAGAACGUACCGUCGUGCCGAUGCAAGGUCUGAUCUUCCCGUAGUUCCGGAGGAGUUUCUAAGCACGCGGUCAUAUCAAAUGCAAAUAUGGCUGGGUCUGGAAAAAUGCAUAAGUUUGUCAUGCAUAUUCUGCAGCAGGUAGCUGGUCUGGAAUGCAAAUCGGACAACACAGAUUUUACGAACGCUUCAUGAUGCCGACCCCGCAUAAAAACUUCGCCCUUCACGUAGCUAAAAUUGAGCUGCUUCUAGUACUCCCGCAACAUAGAUUUUUGGCUGCUCCAGAAUCAGCAUGACAAGUUGGAAGCCUUCCAGACCCACACGUGUUUGCAUUGGAUAAGUCCGAGGCAAUACUCCAUCAUUUCCGUGCGCGGCCUGCUAAUCCGUCGUCACCAACCAAGAGAUGCCGUCCUCACCAACAAGAAAUCAGAAUGUCAACGACCUGGAUCGAGGGAAUCCGUUCGUGAAAAGAACUAAUCCAGGAAACGAGCAGAAAGGCGAACACAACGACGGCAGGUAAAACUCUUGACAGUGAUAGAUUUUCAUUCAAACUUAUACUGCGCAAAUGUCGAAGACUUUUGGUGUCCAAGGAUGCAACAGGAACGUCGAAUGCCCAAACUCCAACCGCAGAUUGCCAAAAAACCCGCUCGGAUGGGGAACACCACCGCCAGCAUUGAACCCAUCUGGGGACAACCAACCAGGAGCUGCUGUGGUCCUGACAACAAAUGCCACGUCCUCUUCCAUCAGCAGAAUCAGGCCACCGACACCCCGAGCCGCUCUGCAGAGAUUAUUCAACUGCCAACACCUUUUCAGCCCCACUUUCGUGCAAAUUAUUGAGCUUGUAAAAAAACGACACUUUAUUUCAGCGUUACUUUGUCAUGACUUUUAUACAUAGUGAAGUUCGGAUUGGAAAGGUGUUCGUUGGUAUAAGACGGUGCCUCCGCGGGGCGAGGAGCCGUGCCUGCCGGCGGCGCUACGCCAAGGCCCAGGGGUUCAACGUAUCGAAAUAUUUCUAAGUGACAUUUCUUUUCUGCUACAUCAUGCACUGCAUAAGUAUUCGCCGCAUGAAUCAUGAAUGAAGAUAUUUACGUAUGUUUUCAUGAAGAUCCCCAUGACUACACAAUGCUUCAAUAACUACCACAGCCUUCCGUCACCGUCAUUGGCCGAUCCACCGCGACGCAACGUUUCCAUUCCAAGGGCAGCGGGUUCCUCUGCAGCGGGUAUGAAAAUCAAAUUACUCAUGGCCGUCGGCUGCACGAGACAGGAAUUUUCGACAGUUGUGUCAUGCGAAAACUGUUACUAAUCAGCGAGGACACCAAAAACUAUAUGUGUGGCGAAAGGAAAUGCAUACGGGCAAGUUUGGUUUUCAUACGCCGCUCCUCUUCGAAUCCGGUAAUGGGAGGAAACGCCGUGUCUACGCAGUCUCUAAUCCCAGCUCCCGGAACGAGGACGCCGAUUAUCCCACUCCAAAAUCCCUCCAGGCCCCGUGCUGAGCCUGAGCCAGUCUGCCUUGCAUGAAGCAUGCAUGAGUUAGAUGUAAAAGUGAGAAUGCGUCUCGACAGAAAUUGGUUUGUAAAACACGAAAAAGCAAGUUUGUGUUGCGGGUUCGUGUUCAGCAUGACAAAUGUGCAGAUGCGGGCUCGGGGUGGAGGCAAUCUUCAGUGGCAUGAUAAGAACUGCUACCUCCGCUUGGGGGGCACCGCAAAACCCGUUUGCGAACUCUACUAGUGCAUCUUCCAGUUCUUCCAGUUCCUCCAGUUCCUCUAGUUCCUCCAGUUCCUCCGCUGCAGCUGGAACUCUGUCGAACUUGCGCACUAUGCUAUUGAAAAAUGCUUGCAUAGCGUAUACUAGAUUUGCCAUGUAGUCAUGUACAGUGCUCUCAUGCUGUGACGAAUGAUAGCAAAGAAAGAUAAAUCCUCGUACUGUGCAAUCAUUUUUUCCUAUGACCCGACACGGAUCGUCGCUGCUCUCCGGGCCCAAUUACCUGAGACAAACUGCAUCUUCCGCGGCCAAGCACACAAGAGCCGUCGGAAGUACGGACGAACCGGCAGUACUAGCAGGUGAACUACAACAAGAUGUCAGCAUGCUAGAUCCCAUGCUGGUGGACGAAGAGCAGGGUGUCCCAGUGGGAGGUGUACAGCAGGUAUGGAAACCGUUUUACACUGCGCAAUGAUGAUGUAAUCGAUGAGUAGAUGAGGCUGGAUGGAGAUCAACUAAAAUUUUUCCACAUAAACCAAACUUUUUGAAAAAAUAUCAGGUCAACGACGCUGCAGCGGCCCCGAUGCAGGCCGACACUGCAAUCGCCUUUGUCACGGAGGAGGAUAGCGGAGGCUCGAAAAGCAGCAGUCCGAAACUGAGGCGGACUUUGCAGGCUGCACGAGAUCAGCGAAGAGCCGAGGCAUUGUCGGGCACGUAAUUUCUUGUUCAUUUUCGCACCUAUAUCAAGAAAGGCUCUGGUGAUUUCAAGCGAAAAAGAGCAUAAAGCCAAACGGCAUAUGAGAAGCAUACCGCAUGAUCCCGUUGAUAUGCUGUCGCGGUUCGGAUUUCCGGUCUGACACAUCAAUCCAAAAUACGUAUAACAGGCCCGUCGGUUUGCCACAGCAGGAAGCGCCUCCGGCUCGAGGGAUAUCAAAACAGCCCCGCACAGUCGCAAUGAAUGCACGAGAAGGCUGGGAGAAUGUAGUAUAUUUCUUGGUGUUGCAUGUUGGAGGAGGUAGUGCUGUUGCGACAACAACUUUGCAUCAGGACAUUAGAGCAGGAACAUUUUUGUUGCAAAGAAGAGUUUUGUCGUGCAAAAAUCUAUUUGAUUGCCUCGGCUUCGAUUGCGGCGGCCGUCUUUCGUUGCAUACCCGCUGGAACCACGACCCGCAGACUCCAGUGAAGGAACCUCCCUCCUGCUCUCGUCCUCGUCGGACGAGGACAACAACAGCUCGUCCGCUAUCCAAAGAAAGAUGAUUCGGUCCACCUACUGUAACAAAAAAACAUUUGUCACUUCGGCAGUGUCACUGUUGCUGCAGCGCAUGACAUGAUCGAAAUGAAUGCGCAGCAUUUUUAUUUGUACGUGCUAGAAGAGAGCGCAGAAGGGUUUUGUGUUGCAUGUGGACCAACAAUUUUUCCCUCGUGAUACCGCCAGUCGAAAGUGCGAACCCCCCAGUUUCCGGUGGACAGGUCGGUGCGGCACCAAAUAACGACGCGCGGGUAAAAAUAUAUUUUGCACGCAUGCUGGCAAAGCCGGGACUUAAUGAAGACGAAGAUGAACCUAUUUCUAAUGUUUACGUAAUAAACCUCAUCAUCUUCCCAAUGUAAUGCUUACAACGAAACACUCUUUCAUCCUGUUGUUCACGACGAGCACAAUAAUACCACAGGUCGGAGUCGAGGUCCCACUCUACACGGCGGAAGAACUGUUCUCCAGAUUGUCCCCCAUACCAACUGCAAAUAUUUGCGAGUCUGUCAAGUUGUCAUUCUGCUUUACGGAAGAUACCAUACACGGCGACCGAUGCUCAACAAGAUAUGGUGACGCAUUGAAAAUCCUACGUGUUAUUGCCUCCUCCGCAUGAUGAAUCACAGGUGUGUAUGACGGAGCAAUCGUAGCUUGUUGGAAAGUAGUACAUCAUAAAACUUACAGCGCAUUGCAAAUGAUCAUGCAGCAUUUUCCUAGCCCUCGAAAUAUUUGCAAUGCAUAUGCCGAGGAGCGGGGCCACUACGACGACUGGCAGACGAAGCUCGACGAGCUGGAGAUAUCAUCACAGAAAGUAGCACCUUCACGUACUCGAAAAGACUUUGAAAGGCAUGCUUUGUACGCACGAGUCGAAUUGUCAUGUUGUAGGAGACACGAGGCAUACCUACCAGAGCCCACUUUGCAACGAGUAAGCACAUGACAAACACGCCUGUUGCGUGUCACGGAGCAACAGAAAUCAUGUGCGCAAGCAGAUGCACUGUGCUAGCAUUGCCGUACCACUGCAAGAUGGUGAACUAUCUUGGCCGAAUAUCUAGCACUAUAAAGUCGCGUUCGAGAACGGCCGCGCCCGACUUUUUCCAACCAUAGGACAAGAUCAAGGAAGAAAUCACGACAACCGCUGCCAAAGCAGAACACGUAGUCAAGCUGGCUGAUGACGAUGCAAAAGAAUCCACGAGGGAACUGGCCAACGGAGAACGGUCCUGGACCAAGGACAAAGAGCUCCGGGUGCGCCGCAAAGACGAAAAGAUCGAACUAUGCCCAACAACGAGGGGACAGGCUACUAUCGCGGUCGGGGUUAGUAGGUCUUCUACAUUUGAAAUGUUGCAGUCAUGUGUACCAGGAAAAGCGACUCAAGCGAUGGCAUAUUAUUAAGGAGGCAUAGUUAUCUAAUUUGCAUGUAUAGAAACAUGGCUGUGAAUUCCAGAUGAAGAAACGAAGACCACGAUAGCUGAUGGCUCUUUCUCCAGUCCAUACAUGGAGCAGAAGCUAAAGGCAGUCACGCCGAGACACUCAAACAGGCCGACAGUCAAAACCCCUCGGGGGUCCUAUACGCCCAAAGCUGGCCAAACUGCGGAAAGAUAUCAUGCGGAAAAAAAUGCAGUUCCUGAGGUAUGAAUCCAUGUGUGUCAUCGAUCAUGCAGAACAAGAAAAAUAUGCUUUGCAAAGGAGGACGACGCCUUGUUUCGCAGAUCACGUCCGCAGCACUGCAGUGUGUAAUGAGAGAUCCAGAAAGCCAUAUCCCAAAAAACAGCCGCCCCACCGCGGCACUGCUACUUCUUUCCGUGUGAUAAAUUAAAAGCAAAGGCCGAAGAGGCACGACGCAGAGCCAACCUGACGCCGCUGCAACUGGGCCAGGAGGAUCGAUAUCAGUUUGCAGAAUGUACCCGCUCCAUAUGUGGAAGAGUCUAUUCAGUGACAGUCCUGCUGCGAGGCAUGAUGUACUUGUGAGGAAUAUAGCAUGGAAUGCACUUUUGUGUCCCCACCACCACAAGGAAAAUGAUGCGAAUGGUUUGCCAAAGCGCUCGUCGGGGAGUGUCACUGGCAAGACAUUCUUGCGUGAGGAGAUAACAGCGGGGCAGCUUUCUCCUGGAUAGUUAGGACAAGCAAAUCAAAAAAAUGGAACGAACCCGUAACAACAUACGCGAGGAAUACCCACCGGAAUUUCUAACAGAACUCCGGGAGAAGAACGUCAAGCUGCAGCAAGCCCUGGAGGAUGCAAAAGCGAAGCUCGCCAAGGCGAAAGAAGAGAUCACAAAACUCCAGCAGAAACUGCGGGAAAAGGAAGCGGAGAUAGAGAAUCUACGUAGCAGACUCGGCAAAUUGCAGCACGCCGUGCAAAAGUAUGUUACUGAUUUUUGAUAACACAGCGCCAAAGAUAUGUUCGGCCAUGGUGAUGAUCUGGCACAGAAAGAACACUGCAGAACUUUGGCUGUGCAACAUGCUAGGUUGUGUAACUUAUGCGUCUCUAAGUACAAAGAAUAAGAAACUCAAAGCAGCGAGCAACAGCACUAUUAUCUCCAAAAAUCCUACUAUCUCUCCAGGCACUUCCAAAUGAACCCGCGGUCUAGGCAGCAGUCGAAAGAUAUCAGUGAGGACUUGUACCGCAAGUUAAAAUGGCCCCACCUCCUCGAACAGAAGCGUAGUGCUUUCCGCUAACUUCUGUUUAUGACAGCAUUCAGUUAGUAAAAAAUCCAUGACUUACUUCUUACUUAUAGCAGGUUUGAGUGUGGCUGCAUUGCCCGAGAACGUGCAUGCAUUCGAGGUCUGGAAACAAGAACUAGGCAUGUAUUCGAGGUGUGGGCCAUUUUGCGGGACGAUAACUACGAGAAGAAGGAACGGGACAUCGACACCGCGAUGAAGAACAAAAUCAACUCUGCGAUCAAGCUCAUAUUUUCUGCCUGCUUCGAAGGUGGAGAGGACCACAAGCUGAACCACAAGGCCUACAAAGAGGCGAAACGCACGUUCCGGCGGGCGCGGGUAAUACCUCUUGCAAAAGUAUCGUAGACUACUUGUACAAAUUGCAACUCUGCAUCGAUGAAUGCCUUUUCUUACUGUUUCCAGCGCUCUAAAUUUCGCUACUUUCUGCGCCCAAAUUUUUUAUCGGGCAAUUUGUACACCUACUGCGACCCUUUUGUAAUGCAUACGAAGAGGCGCUGUUGGAAAAGGUCGAGGAUUCGAAGCGCAGGAAGAUAGGGUGACCGCAUCGGUGGUGAAUGUGCUGACAACUCUAUUUGUAGUUGUGUGAGUAGUCAUUUGCGUUUUCGAAGAAAACCGUCACAUGAAUUUACAAAUCGGCAUCUCUUUUGCUACCUAUUGUCUAGUAGAAGAACUGACACUGCAGUUUGACAUAAUAUCAGGAAGGGAACUGCAAUACAAUUUUCAAGAAAACAAAAUUUUGGCUCGAGAGCCGACAUCUAUUCAGCAGCGCUAGCUUCAGAUGAAAAAAAUCACAUUUAAUUCUCCUAACUGUUUCAGAAAAUUUUUUUUCCGGAAAGUGAUGCAGGCACGAGGAACAAAUCCUGGUUUGUACAAGCAGUAGUGUCGCCACUUGCGUACCUCGUUACAAAGUUACAGGCAAACAAAUCAGCAUAAGAAACUAAGACGUGAAUGGUUCCCGACGCCGUCCUGACAGGACGGUUGUCGCUUCGCGAUUACCAACCAGAAGUGCAACACCUCGUGCGCAUACGGAUUGGUGUAAAAAGACAAUGACAAGAACCACCAACUAUUGUAGCUGAAAACCCCAUUGUACCAGCAUUAUGUAACGACUUCUAUCCAAGAAAUUAUUAGCAAUCAUUUGUUUUUGUACAGGCGGCCGCUGAGGUUGCACACCCAGAAGAUGCGCCACUGCCACAGUAAAGAGCCAUGCAACAAAAAAUAAAAGAUCUACUAAGAUAUAAUACCCCACGGAUUGGUUGUAUUGUGCAUAGGUAUACCUUCUCAGAGUACUACAAAUAUAUUCGAAGCUGUUUAAUAGGAAUAACUAGAACUGCGGGACACUCGAGGAGAUUCAUCGCGAACUCCGAUAAAUUUUGCGACUCAAUCAAGACAACUUAGCUUGAACGUCAUCACAAACCUUUUCGAGAACGUAAGAAGGCGAAGAUACCAGCAACAAAAAUUGAAAACCAACCAACACCGUUUCAAAUGGCAGUAAAACGCGUAUUUUUCAAUGCAGGAUUCCAGGCACCAACGACCCUCGAUGAUGCGAUACAACAUAGGUUUCUGACAUUAGAAGUUUCGGUUUGGGAAACAAAGCACGAUCGCUUACAAAACGAAAAUAUUCAAAAAAUAACCCUGUGGACAGCACUUUAAGUUUAGAUGGCGAGUACAAACUGGGUGGAAUUUGUGCAAGGGACGAGACCGUUAUAGUGCCAUGUAUCAAAUUGAGAUAUUGUUGUCCCCACCUGGAAACUUUUUUGCAAAAUGAAAAUGUAAAUGUGCAAUAUGGAUGAACAAAAAUCA